AUGGGGUGGUCUUUUUUGGGAAAGUUUGCUAUGUGGGUAGUGAUAGUUUUGGCUCAGGUCAAUAGACACUCUGGUGGUUGCUUGGAAGGGGAGAGCAGGGGUCUAUUGGAAUUCAAGGACUUUCUCAAAUCCAAUGGUGCUGAUGCAGACCAUCUUCUCCCUACCUGGGUUGAGAAACCAGAUCAUCACAAUUUCAGAAUUUGGUUUAUAAAUGCUUCCCUCUUCCUUCCUUUCAAAGAGCUUCAAAGCCUCACUUUGUCUUCCAAUUCCUUCAGUGGUUGGACUGACAAUGAAGGUUUUGAAAAGCUGUCGACUUUGAGAAAAUUGGAGACUCUAAAUCUUGAAUGGAAGGAAUUUGAUGAUAGCAUUCUGCCAUCUUUGAGUGCACUUAGAUCCCUUACGAUGCUUAAUCUCCAAUUAGCUUAUUUUGGGAACCUGGAAAGGUUGGAUCUAAGUUAUAAUCAAUUUAAUGACAUCCAAGGUCUUGAAGUUCUCUUUUGA